GGCGACUUUCUAGGCUUGUUACUCCCUCUCAAAGCUGUCCUUGAAGGAUGGUGGUUUUGGCGCAAUGUCGACGACGACCCUCAAACAGGAAGUAAUCCACAUCUGCGCGAUACCAUGCGGUCUCUACCUGAUGGCUAUGUGUGGAAAGAAUACUCCCAGCGUGGCUGGAUCCCUCUUGUCGUCGAUGAGGCAGACAACUAUAUUGGUGUCGACCUCAACCCUGACAAGGACGGCGCAGUGGGUCAGGUAAUCGUCUUUGGGCGUGAGUUUGACAUGAAGAUAGUGCUCUGGCAUGGGGAUGGACCUGGUGGGUGGGCACGGUGGCUCGCAAAUUUUGUUGAUGAAUCAGAGAGUGGCGAGGACUUUGAGCUGGGACAGACAAGAGAGAGUGGAUCAGGU